AUGCUAAUCAAUCUAUUCUCCGAUUUAGGAAACAAAACCCUCGUCGCAAAGCUGGAUCUGUAUCCAAGCCCCCCCUUCUCGCCUCCGACGUCUCGAAAGGGUACCGCCUUCGAUUCGUUGGGAGGCGGGCCUCGUGGAAUGGAUGGCGACAACACAAAGCAGGAUGAUCCCUCUUCUUUCCCAUCUAGCUUUAAUCUGUCACAGCACCUCGUGCAACAACAUAUGUCUCCUCGCCACUCAACAGAGCGCUUUCGACGCCCAACCACACCCAGAGCAAAUAGAGCGCCUUCAUCUCAUGGCCGGGGAAGGACCCAUGUACCCGACUAUGCGACGUACGGAUAUCCGGCAGCGCAGCCCUCCUCCUCCUCAUCCUCGUCCUUGGCGAGUGGCUCCCUGCAGAGCGUGGCUUUGCCCUUCCAGGAUCCCUUAUCGCCAGAGUCAGUCAGACAACAGUAUUCACGGCGUCAAGCUAGUUCCCAGGACUUCAGUUACCCGCUUCACCCCCAGCAGCAGCAGUCUCCUUAUGACCCCGGGCUAGUCUACGGGCUCGCUCAGCCAGGCUCGGCACAGGUAGCUUAUAACAUAGGCAUGUUCCAACCUCGUUCUGCUGAGUCACUAGAGCCUAUGACCCCUCAGUUUGGUGUUUCACAGUAUCUUGAGUCAUCGGAACACGUAGGUGAAGACCUGACUCAUUACUUAAAUACCCAGAGACAGCCAUACCAGCAAGGAAGUCCAUCAACCCAAUCUACCUCAGCAUACCCAAACACAAUAAACAGCUACAACCCUGCCAGGGCAGUCGACAAUAUGGACCAGCAACAGCAAUACCACCAAUACCACCAGCAGCAGCACCAGCAGCAACCCCAGGAGGAACACCAGCAAUACAAUAAAAAAAAUCCCAUAUAUUGGGAACCCCCCUACAUGGACUAUUCACUGUCUUUGAAGACUGCAUUUAGUUACACGUCUGAAGGACGGCUGGAAGAAUCAAUGAGGUUGACUAUUGAACUCUCGACAUGGCUCGUCAAUAAUGCUAAAGAGCUCGGCCUCUUCCGAGACGAUCCAGCGCGGCAUGAGUGGCAUCAAGGUCUGUGGAGGGACUUAAACCACUGCUGGCUUGCCAUCUUCCAAAAACAAAAAGACGUUACCAGCAGCCUCGUGCCAGGAUCAGGUCAGAUACGGGAGGCUGCGAAUCUACUGACAUAUUGGGUCCUGAAAAAUGCGGGCAAUACACUCAUCGGUCUCUGUGACCAGUUAGCGGGGGAAGGGCUAGUCGAUUAUGAAAUGGGUGUUUGGGAGAAUGAGAUUAUCAGCAGUAAGAAAAGAUCCCAUUUCUAA